GUGCGGAUCAACAAGACGAUAUUGAGCUAAAUAAGUCCAAUAUUGAGUAGACGUGGGUGUUGAUAUAACGAAAAAUAAUGGCUUUUAUGACCCUUUCAACUGACUGGCAACUUUUUCUCAGUCACAUGAGAUGUUAACCUAAAAUUUUCGCAUUUUCAUGUUGCCAGUAGACCAGGUGCCGAAAGUAAAGAAGCAUUUUAACAGCAUUUGACCUGUUUUGAGGAUGGGAAGUGUUGGUAUUGAAUUGAGUCUGACCAAUGGAAUUGAGUAUUGCAAGGACUACCCCAGUUUGAAGCUCCUGCCCGCUAAUGACCAGAUUAAAGAGCUGCAGACCAUCUUAAGAGACAGAAAUACAACACGAAGCGAUUUCAAAUUCUACGCGGAUCGUCUGAUCCGCCUUGUGAUAGAGGAGAGUUUAAAUCAGCUGCCCUUCACCGAAUGCAACGUGAUAACACCCACUAGUGCAACUUAUAAUGGCCUGAAAUAUAAAUCUGGAAACUGCGGAGUUUCUAUUGUAAGGUCUGGAGAAUCCAUGGAACAAGGUCUAAGGGACUGUUGUAGGAGCAUUCGGAUAGGGAAAAUCCUCGUAGAGUCUGAUGCAGAUACGCACGAAGCCAGAGUGGUUUAUGCUCGGUUUCCAGACGAUAUUUCUCGAAGACAUGUUUUGCUGAUGUAUCCCAUCAUGUCGACAGGCAACACAGUAAGCAAGGCAGUGAACGUGCUGAAGGAGCAUGGAGUUAAGCAAGAAUGCAUAAUCCUAAGUAAUCUGUUCUGUACACCGCAAGCUGUCCAAACCAUUUUAGACUCGUAUCCUAAAAUGAAAAUCCUAACAUCCGAAGUGCAUCCAGUGGCUCCGAACCACUUUGGACAGAAAUAUUUCGGCACUGACUAACUUAUCAACCCUUUAAGACUGAUUUCGCGCUAAAACCGGGAAAAUUUUGUUGAUAAAUACAACAAGUCAGCGCGACUACUCCCAUGAUUACAAUGAUUAUUAUAGAAUAGUAGUCUUCUCCUGAGUCAAGAAUAGUCAAACACAUUUUUACUUUGCCGUAUCUAGUCUCGAAGACUUAUUAUGGUGUUCUAGAUCUAUUUAAUUCUUCAAGUGGAAUGAUUUUUAGAGCACCAAGUUCUUUCUUCUAUUUAAAUGGGGGUGAUAUUAGAACAUUUUCUCUACUACAUUGUUUUUGAUGUGGAUUUUUCGAAAUAAUUUGAGUGAUUUAGAAAAAUGUUAAUAGUUAAUUUAGCAAAAAUUUACUUUGAUUAAUUGCAUAAUUAUUUUUUAGUCUCGAAAAUAGAUCCAACUAAUUAUUGUUUAACCAAGUAUUGCAUCUGACUUGACCACUUGUUCAGCGAUAAAGCAGAUGGACAUAGUAAAUAUAAAAAAAUCAAAGUAAACAGGGUGUCACAUAACUCUUGUUUUCUAUCCGAAUACUAACAUAUUCUGGAACACCCUGUGUAUUAGUAAAUAUUGUAGAUUGUACUGGCUGCACAGUAAGGAAUUUUUACAUUAUCGGUUUAUUCGAACAGCACAAUGUAUCAGACAAAUAGGCCAAUGGAUAAUAUUUUAUUACUUUUAUAAAUACCAACCCAGUGUGUAAUGUGAUUUUUUCCUUAGCGAUUUUUUGAUCUGGUGAAAAUAAAAAAUACAAAUCGA